AUUCACCAGUGAGGGUACGCCGCGCAGGCGUGGAGUCCGCGGCAGUCGAGUACCGUUCGCGCUAGGAGAGGGACCGAGCGGCACGUGCGAGGCUGGGUGAGAAAGGCGUGAGGUGAGAUACCGGUGUGAGAUCGGUACGGUUGGAACAGUCGCAUUGCUGAUGGUGUGAGGCAGUGAGGAGCGUGGGCGGACCAAUUCCGUUGACGAUGAGCGAGGGACGAGUGAUGGAGUGAAACGAGCGCGAACAGACAGCAGUGAAUCGUGUUGAGACGGCAUUUGGAGGACGUUGAGGCAGCGAGAGACGGCGCUGAGACGACAGUGCAGAAAGACUGCUUGAAACAUAGCGUGAGACUCGCAAAGCUCAGCGAGGAAGGACCGCUACGUUACGCUGCCCGAAAUCGCGGCUCUCAUCGUGUUUCGUAAGGUUGCCGUUGCGUCCGCCUGGCUUUUCGAACCGACCGCCUGUCAGCAAUCCAUCAGCUUACGUCAGAUCGGCACACGGCCGUCAGUUGACUAGGCCGUCCUUCCAGACCGCCAGCGUCAGUUGCGUUGGCCGUCUGUCGUCUGUUGAACCGAGACAGGGGGCGGUCGGUCUCGGCCGACCGGUGUAGGUGUCGCUAGUGUCGCUCCGCCAGAUGCCGCUGCCGCUGCAGCUGCGUGUGGGCCUGGACGGCCAGUCACUGCCGGCUGCUGAGGGGGGCGAGGCGCUCUGCGACGUGCCCGAUGGCGCCGGUGACGCGGGCCAGCGGGCGGCGGUGGCUGAGGGCGUGCCCCGUCUGCUGGGCUCCGACCCGGCCGGCUGUCUGUCGGAGGUGGUGCCGCGCGUGACGGCCGCGCUGCCCUCGUCACCGCCCGACUUUCAGCGCGCGGCCAGCGCCAGCUUCCUAGCGGUGCUGCGCCGGGAGCUGCUGCCCCAGUCGACCUUCACACAGACCUUCCUGCAGAGCAUACUCAUCAGCGUGGACAGCAAUGACCCCGUGGUGGCGGCGGCCUGGUUGGAAACACUACUGGACGUCAUUGACCUGCUGCCGGCCGACGUCAUCCAACAGGAGAUUCUGAGCGUUGCAGUGGAGAAGAGUCAGCUCAGCCACCCAGUCGCGUCACGGGUGGCCGGCUGUAAACUCAUCGGCAGGAUGGCCACCAAAUUCGACCCCUACACGAUCCAGACGGAGCUGCUGGCCAGCGUGCAGUCGCUCUGCCAGGACGUGGACUCCGAGGUCCGCGCGGCCAUGUGUUCUCAGCUGGGUGCGGUGGCGCACGGACUCGGUCCACAGGAGACCCGCGCGGCCAUCAUUCCGGAGCUGGUGGAACUAUCCAGUGACGAAGAGGUAGCGGUACGCCUGGCCGCCUUCCGCACGCUGGUCGACAUGCUGGAUAUCCUGGACGCCGAGACGUGCACCCAGACCAUCAUCCCACUGUCGAUGAAGGUGUGUGAGUCGAGCUACGAGUCGCGGGACUCGUCCCUGCCCGUCAUCGCCAAACUCCUGGGAAAACUCAGCUGCGGACUCAGCGAAUACCUGAGUCCAGAGCAGAAGCAGACGUUUCUGGACUUUUACGGCGGCGUGGCACGGCUGAAGAACCUCCAUAAGGCCGCAGCGGCACGCAACGAGUUCAACCCGAUGCCGGACCUGGUGCCGCAGCUAGACCCGAGCGAGCGCUACAUGCAGUGUUGCGAGGCGUGCGCCUUCAACUUCCCCGCGAUGCUGCUGCUGGCGGGCGGAGACCUGAGCCGCAGCAACCUGCACGCCACCUUUACCGACCUAGUGUUCGACCCGCACCCGGGAGUGAGGCGGGUCAUUGCAGCAGGGUUUCACGAGGUGUGCCGUCUUUUGGGCCCCAGUGUGCACCAGGUGCACUCUGAGCUGGUUCAUCUGCUCAAGGACGAUUCGGUGGACGUGCUGGCCGCCCUGGUGGAGCGGCUGCCGCUCACGCUGGAGGCGUUCGUACGACAUGGUGUGCUGGGACCCAAGGCCAAACCGGAGCUGGUGGCGGAGCUGACGGCGGCGCUGAUGACGUGUGAGUGUGUCAUCUCGAACACGACCCGGUGGCGGCUGCACGCCGGCCUCCUGGAGCGUCUGAGCAGCCUGGCCGACUGUUUUCCGCCCGACCACCUCUACCAUUGCUGGGUGCCCACCGUCUUCCAGAAACUGCACACUGUGAGGCCGAUACCGUGCCGUCAGGCGGCUGCCCGCACCUUACUGGUGUUCCUCCAGAACGUGCGGCACAUCGAGCACCGGCACAUGAUCUGCGGCAGACUCGUGGAAGAGCUGGGUCAGAGCGAUAGCUGCCACAUGCGGAAACUCUAUCUGGACAUCUGUAGCAUGGUGCUGGACAUGUUUUCCAAGAACUUCUUCAAGCAGUACUUCUUCAUGACCACGCUGACUCUAGUCGACGACCCGGUGCCGAACAUCCGGCGCGGCCUGUGCCUGCUGCUGGCGCGGAUGAAGGCCACGCUGCGCCUGCCGUCGGACAAGCGGCGCCUGCAGCAGCUGGAGGCCGUGGUGCGCCAGCUGCUGGUCACGGAACAGGACCGGGAUGCGGCCGCCGCCGUCCGACACGCCAUCAUACAGCUCGACAAAAUCGAGGUGGCCAUGGACACUCCGACGCGUCCGGCGCUGCUGCUGGAGGCCGAUGCGGAGGACCGGCGGCGACAGAAGCAGGAGCAGCAGCUGCUGGAACCGCCGCCGCCCGCUGCUGCAGCUGCCAGCUCCCCGGCCGCGGGUGGGAGGCCCGUGGAUGAGCGCCGGCUCUCGCGCGGGGGACGGAUCCCCGUCCGUACUGGUCAGACCCCACCGGCGCCGGCCGGGGGAGCGGCCAGCCCGGCCACGAGCCGCACUAAGGCCCGCGGCAGUGGUCCAGCGGCGGCAGCGGGUACGACUCCGCGGUACCGAACUCCGGGCUCCCAGCGGCCCGCCCCCGGCAGCCGGCGGCUGUCGCUCGUCGAGUCGUCAGAGUGCCGCAUCCCCAGCCUGGCCCGGCUGCGGGUGCGCGACGCCGUCUCAGAGCCGGAGUUGCCGCCUCCUCCAUCAUCCAGUCCGCGGGGCCGGCUGAACCACGCCGCCAGAGAGCGCCGCUGGGCAGAUCUGUCGCCCGAGUCGGAGCUGGCCGACCCGGCCGGCUGGCUGGAGCCGGACGGCGACGAGCCGGGCGCGCCCGGCGCCGGCGAGCCCUCCUGGCAGCGGCUGCGCCAGCCCUUCUCCCAGCUGCUGGGCCGCUACCGGCUCUCGCAGCCCGUCUCAGAGGCCGUGGGAAGGGUGUCCGGCACUCAGGUGGCCGCCAGCGUCGGCCGCUUCUUCGAGCGCCAGACGAGCCGCGUGCUGUCCUGCGCCGGCGGCCUGGGCACCAACACCUGGCCGCCGCUGCCGUCGCGGCUGCCGCAGCUGGCGGCCACCGGCGGCGGCGGGCACCAGCCGCGACCCUCCCUCGACCACUUCCUGAUGGCCGGCAUCUCGUCGGUGCGCGCCCGCCUGCAGCCGCGCGCCGCGCCGCCCAGCCGCCUCUACGACCGGAGCGCCUCGCACCCGCCCGAGCCCUCGCCGGCCGCCGCCUCGUUCGCCCCUUACGGCCACGCUGUCCACAGUCUGGAGAACCUGGACCCGACCGCCGACGAGUUCUACGUGGACGCCGGCAUCCGGAUCUCUGCGAGCGACCUGCGCCAGCUGGAGCGGCCGGAUUCGGCGCCGGGCGAGCUGCCCCCGCCGCCGGAGACGAUCCCGUCGCCGCCCCCUGGCCAGGGGGCCGGCCGUACGCCCACCCGCCGGCUCCGUCCGCCCUCCACCUACGGACGAUACUGCUCCGGCGGCGAGGCGUCCGGCAGUCGAACGGCAGCGGCAGAAACAUCACCUCACACAGCGCCACCGUCCCCGUCGGCGGCCGAGUUGGCCGCCCGGUGCCGCUCUGAGGAGAGCCUGCCGGCCGGCGGCGGCCGGCGCACCCCCGCCCGGCGGCCGGCCAGCGCCUACUCUCCGUCCGGUGUCAGCAGCACCCAGUCCAGUCCCGGCUGCAGUCGCACCUCCAGUCCGGACGGCCGCGCGUCGCCGGCCUUCUCCCGCAUACCGCUGCGAUCCAGCUUCGGCGCGGGGAAGACGAGCAGUCUGCCCUCGGCGCUGACCCGUGCCCGACGAAGGAAAAAGUAAGCGCACACCAUCUCCGGCCGCGGACAAGUGAGGCAGUGUUACGACUAAUUCGCACUACCAAAGGAGCAAUGCAUUUCUGAAGAGGAUGUGCGGUGUCACUGCCGUCAGCUGGGGUUGCACACGAUCGGUGUGUGCAGCGCACGCGCCACUCGAGUCCCGAGGUCAGUAUUACGCACUGCACCGAGUCACCACCUAGUCGGCCCGCGCGCCGCGUCUAGUCGUGUGGAAAAUAAUGAGGCUCACUGGCUAGUAGCUGCGCUCAGCAAUGUUUGUUUAUAAGUCGAGUGUGAAAUGUCGUUCACAGAUAAUAAUCAUGUCAGCGUGCAAUGUCUCCUUAGAUGGAGAAUGAUAGAGAAUCGGGUACAGUGAUGCGUUGACUAGUUGUUUUGCUCGCAGCCACCCCGAGCAGUUGAUUGAAUUGUGACGGUUCAGUUGGAGUGAGUUGGAUCGAUACGCACACGUUUAAAGUGAGGCUCGGCGCACACCAGCCAGUGCGCUGACAACAAUGUGAGUUAGUUUCCACCAGGCUUUCUUUGAGGACCAUAUCAUGUACAAGGAGCCGGUAGAUGUGUCAAAAACGUCAUCAUUAGUGCUGCUAGCUAUAAAUCCCAUAGCAGUUUGCCAUUAGCAUUUGUAGUAGGUAAUAAGUGAAUGUGAAGAGUAAGGUGCAAUGACAUUUCAUCUGAGUGAAAGCGCACGGUGGUCUGUAUACUAUCUCGCACUGCCCUAGAUGUGGGUUAAGUCCGCCGGUUAGUCCUCUCAGGCCAUGAUAACGUCACGUCGAACGUGACGUAACGUCCACCAGAUGUGACGAAGCGUCUAACAGACGUCCCAGGUCUGUAGAGGACUCGGAAGAGUCUGGCCGCCGGCGGGCGAGGCGUGGUUUCGACUGUGGCCCGGUCUGUGCUGUGUUCGUACUCCGUGCGUGUGAGACUGGCGGUCGGGGUGAUGGAAAGUCGCGAGAUGUGAUGGGUGGCGGGCUGACCCGCUGCCGCGUACAAAGUCACGGGUGGAGCGGGCAGCGCCGCUCGUCGUCCGUAGCCGACGCCCCGUGACCCCUGGUGACCUUAGCUGACCUCAGCCUGACCUCGGUGGGUCGACUAGUGGGGAGGGGUGGAGAGCGUUACACCAAAUUUACUAGCAUUUUCAUUUUAGUGGGUAGACCUAGCGUACGGUAAAUAGACUAGGAGACUGUGUUGUCUACAAGUCACUUGGUAGUGUGAUAGCCAACGAGUGCUAGAUGGUGUUGUGGUUUGUAGUGAAAUUCAUUCCUACAGUGAUAUCGUGUGGUUUUGGCUUUUACAUACUAUACAAAAAUAUUCCUAGAAUGUAAGAGUCUUUUCUCUAAGCUCUUUUUAAUCAUAUCUUCUUGUCUUCAACAUUGACCGUGCCCAAUUCAACUUUUCUGCGUGACAUCGUGAUGGCUAGUCUAAUGAUUUGUUUCGAGUUGUGUUGUCUGCCUACGUUAACUCACAAGUUAUAAUUAUGAUGAAUUGUUCGUUUCGCUUUCAUCCCUGCUGAGAAAUCACUAUGCAUUAACCAGCAACGGAAAACCAAAGCUUUAUACUCCCCUGAAUAGUUAGUGUUGCUAUUAUGUUCUCGUUUGUGAUCGCAAAUGUUCCGUGCUUUUUCACAUCUGCCCCCGGAAACAGGACCCAUGGUAUGGUUUUACGAACCAAAAUAGCGUUUGCCUGACCAGUGACCAUAAUUGUGUACUAUUGAGCAGUUCGCCCUGUACCAACAAUAGUCUAAUCGCCAGGAGUAUUAUAGGUUUGUUGAAAUGUCAGUCAUACGAAUGGUCCGUUCGCGUUGUCUGAAUUGUAUUGUGUGUAUUAUUAGCAGAUGCGUUUAUUUUAGUUGGACCCAAACUGGCUGACUUUCAGUGGGACAUAUCAGAGUUUCGUUUGUAGGACGCUCAAAAUACAGCUCAGUGUCCUUAGCAUCGCCGGAGCCAGUGGUGUCACAGCCGAGCUAUCGGUCAAAUCCACACGCAUUUACUUUGGUAGCGUUCCCGUCCCCAAUCGUCCAGUAUAAGUCAGCUCGUCGCACUUCUGUUAUGUCCAGCGGUCCAUUCACAUUGUGUAUCACCCAGCUGUUAUUGAUGUGUUCAUAUCUGAGUCACGGUGAUUGCCCGAAUACAGCACGUGUCGAAUACGAGA